CUGGCAGAAACAGAACACUCUGCAGUGCAGAACAACAUACUGAGUUCAGCUGGUUAGUCGUGGAAACUUUUUUAAAAUUUUAAGAAACGUCGGUAGUCAGGUAACCCGGUUGAUUUCCGAUCGAGAAGCUACUAUUUGGACUACAAAAUGUCGUUAAUUGCUCGCAACGUUGUUAGAAACUUGAUGCAGGUUUCCUGUCGAGGAACCCAUUCAACGGGAGCGGUCCAAACGCCAGCUUGGUCGAAAACGGAAGGCCGUAUUACCUGCACAAUGAUACCGGGGGAUGGCGUUGGUCCCGAGCUUAUGUACUCCGUGCAAGAAGUCUUCAAAGCAGCCGAUGUUCCCGUUGAUUUUGAGACGUUCUUUCUCUCCGAAGUUAACCCGGUGUUAAGCUCACCUUUGGAAGAUGUAGUGCGCUCCAUAAACAAGAAUAAGGUUUGUCUCAAGGGUAUUCUGGCUACUCCGGAUUACAGUCGUACUGGUGAGUUGGAAACCCUGAAUAUGAAACUGCGCAACGAGUUGGAUCUGUACGCCAACGUUGUUCACGUGGUAAGCCUGGAUGGUGUAAAUACCCGCCACAAAGGCAUCGAUACUGUGGUUAUUCGUGAACAAACCGAGGGUGAAUAUUCCGCUCUGGAACACGAAAGCGUGCCCGGGGUCGUCGAAUGUUUGAAAGUCAUCACGGCUCAGAAAUCGGCUCGCAUCGCUAAAUUUGCGUUUGAUUAUGCCACUAAACAUAAUCGCAAGAAGGUUACAUGCGUACACAAGGCCAACAUCAUGAAACUAGGUGAUGGCUUGUUCCUGAGAAAGUGCGAAGAGAUUGGAAAGCUUUAUCCGCGCGUGCAAUUUGAGAAAAUGAUCGUGGACAAUACUACGAUGCAGCUGGUAAGCAAUCCCAACCAGUUUGACGUGAUGGUGGCACCGAAUCUUUACGGUAAUAUUAUCGAUAAUCUUUGCUCCGGACUAGUAGGUGGGGCAGGAGUAGUUGCCGGCGCAUCGUAUUCAGCCGAACAUGCUGUGUUUGAACCGGGAGCACGUCAUACCUUUGCCAUGGGGGUCGGCAGGAAUAUUGCCAACCCAACCGCCAUACUGCUGUGCUCUUCCAAAAUGUUGCGUCAUGUAAAUCUGAUGCAUUACAGUCAGAUGAUAUUCCAGGCGGUACAAGACGUUCUCAAGUCUGGCAAGGUUCGUACCAAGGAUUUAGGGGGUCAAUCAACUACCCACGAUUUUACCAGUGCUGUCAUUCACAAUCUCAGAUAAAUGAAAAUUUCAAUGAGUUCUUCGACUCACGUUGAUGCCAUUCUCCUUCUAUCCUUACGUCGCGUAGUAUAGGAAGCGAAUACAUUAUUGAAUUGUAUUACUGAAUAAAAUACUGUUACGUUAGUUUUGUUCGGAAUGUUCAGUAUAAUCCCGACCACCGAGUCCAUUCGUUAAUUUAAUUAAACAUAUUUAUUAAUACAGCCAAAUGACAACAAAAUAAAUUAAUGCCCGAUUCGAUUAGAAA